AAUUCAUGCAAAAUCAGGUGGGAAUUCUAAAUGAAAACCUUUCUCCUUUUUGUCAUUUUGUCCUGUCAGGUCCCAUCAUGGUGGAUCUCUUCUUCGACAAAGUUCUGGUGAAAAACAAUAAAGACCGUGAUGAGCUGGACACUGAGCGUGAGAUCAUCCUGCGCCUGCAGAACCGAAUCCUCAUGCUGUUCUUCGGUUCAGGGGAUUGUGAGAAGUGUCAGGAAUUCGCCCCCACACUCAAAGACUUCUUCAAAAAGCUGACAGACGAGUUCUACGUAGAGCGCUCAGCUCAGCUCGUCCUGCUCUACAUCUCACUCGAUGCCUCAGAGGAGCAGCAGGACAAGUUCCUGAAGGAACUUCCCAAACGCUGCCUCUUCCUAUCCUUCCAGGACCCUUACAGGAAAGAGCUGGAGGUGAUGUUCGAGGUGGAGGACGUUCCCACGGUGGUGGUUCUGCGUCCUGACUGCUCGGUUCUCUGUCCCAAUGCCGUGAUGGAGAUCUGCUCUCUGGGAACACACUGCUUCCAGAACUGGCAGGAAGCCGCUGAGCUCAUCGACCGCAACUUCCUGAUGAACGAGGAGUAUGACGAGAGCAAGAGACGCAGCUUCACCGAUGCCAUCCGCCGCCAGAAAUACAAAGUGGAGGACACGAAGAAGAAGAAGAAAAAGGAGCAGGAUGGAGACGAUGAUAAUGAUGAUGGAGGAGGACCUUGGGGUUGA